GCUGCCCAACGGUCCCAACCCGCUUCACAUGCCCCGCAAAGCCCUGCUUCCAACUUGUCAGACAGCCCUGCCGUGGUGGACGAAGCGGCAUCGCCACACAGCGUAGCCCCCGAAGUGGUUGACCUCACAGGUGAAUCCGAUUUGCAUUGGUAUUUUCGCAAGGCCUUUGCACACCGCCACGCCCGGCUCGACCUCGCAGUGUACAGGCGGCACAAAUUCCUGUACACAAGGCUAUGGGUCACACUGCAGCCCUGCAAAGAUCCUACAGAGCAUAUGCUUGCGGUUCUGAUCAACUUCAGGCCCAGCACCCUAGAAAGGUACCUUCGCACCGCCGCUUUGUUUUUGACUUUCAUGCACAGCUCUGCCCUGGACGUUCAUGAAGUAAGCCUCGCAGUGCUGCUGGAUUUUUUGGCUGCGGCUCGGGCGUCCAGCACGCAAGAUCGCGAAAUUCACCAAAUGUCGGCCAAUUCUUCGAUCAAAGCACUGCGGUGGCUCGCCAAACAUUCGCAAUGGACGAGCCUCGACUCCUCACUGCACAGCCCGGUGAUAUCUGCUUACGCCGCGCGCGGCACUGCCAAGGACCGCAAAGAAGCACUGCCCGUGCCAUGGUGCUUAGUGGCGGCGUGGGAAAUGCGCGUCUGCUGCUCCGCAACUCCGGUGACCACCACUCUUGCCCUUGGCGCCGCACUGCUGUGCGUCCACGCCAGCCUGCGCUUUGGGGAUGUGCAACGCAUAGAUUUCUCCAGCCUCUCUUUGUCUCGUGCGGCACUGCACGGCACUUGCUUUGCGACAAAAACCACCAGCACAGGUCAGCCCUUUGCCGUUUCGGUGGCGGGCCUAACGGGGCGCAGCGCUCAGUCUUGCUGGACCCUGCACUGGCUGUCGGCCCUGCACGGCCAAGCUCAGGCAUUUGGCUGCCCGGAUACCUUCGACUUCUUGUGGCCCAAUUCCGCCCCGGAACUCGGGGCUCUACCCGAGCUCGCGCCAGCAUCGUAUUGCGCAGCAAUGCUCACAAUGCGCUGGGCGGCGACCCUCCCAUGGCUCCCGCCCGGCCAAGGUCUCCUGGCUACGGAGGCCAAACAACUCACCUUGCACAGUUUAAAGUCUACAUGCCUAGCCGCAGCGGCACAGCUACGUAUAGCCAAGGACGAUCGUCUUUUGCAGGGACAUCACCGUGACUCGGCGGCCCUGUAUAGCCGCAAUGACACUUUCGCCAGCUUGGAUGUUCAGGCGAAGCUCAGCACUGCAAUGGCGGACGGUUGGCGCCCUGAGCGCAGCAUGGGCAGGGGAGGUCAGGCCCCGAUACCGGAGCCGCCGUUCGCGCUGCCGCCCGGCCCUGUGCUGCAAUCGCUCCAGGCACCGGAUCUCCUCGCCGGCGCCUGGUCGUACUUCACUACAAGGCAUGAAAAGCUGCACGCCGCUGAGGAGGCGCUAGUUUCGGCCGCACAGCCGCCAGCCGCACCGACUCAGCUGGAUGCUUCUCUCGAAUCUCCAGCUUCAUCACCUUUGCCAUGCGAUGUUGAAGCCGACAUGGUCGAGAAAGCCGCUCUUGACAGGCAGGGCACAGACAGCUCCGAGCAAUCAUCGGCAUCAUCGGUGGAUUCGGACAACGACCAAGCACCGUUGGAGCUCCGCAUGCCUAGUUCGGCUGCCAAGUACGCGUGCAACGGCCCAUGGGGGCGAUGGCAUGCCGUCCGCGCAGACGCGCAUCAAGGUCAGCCCCGCACGGCAUGUGGGGUGCCACUCGGCAUUGCGGCACAAUACUCAGAUCGCCCGCAUGGCCUCUUCUGUAAGCGCAAAGCAUGCGUAGGGAUCCGCGCGGCACGGGACGCGCUCUGA